AUGAGCGACGACAAGAUCAAGCCCUCCGCCCCCCAUGGCGAUGUCGAAGCCGCCCCCGAGCUCAAAGGCGGCGCGCUGCAGGCCAUGGUCGAGGCCGACCUGCUGGAUGAGCGAUACCAGAACACCCAGCGCGGGCUCAAGACCCGGCACGUCCAGCUCAUGGCCCUGGGCGGCACCAUUGGCACCGGUCUGUUCGUGGGCUCAGGACAAGCCCUCAACAUCGGCGGCCCCCUCUCCCUCUUCCUGGGCUACGUCUUCAUCUCAACGCUCGUCUACUGCGUCGUCACCGGCAUCGCAGAGGUCGGCGCAUACCUGCCCGUCCACGGCGGCACCAUGAGCUACCACGGCUUCCGCUACGUCUCGCGCAGCAUGGGCUUCGCCAUGGGCUACCUCUACUGGUACUCGCUGGGCAUCCUGGUCCCCUACGAGAUCGUCGCUGCGUCGCUCGUCAUCGAGUACUGGCCCAACCCCGUGCACCUCGCCGUCUGGAUCACCAUCAUGGUCGUGGUCAUCGUCCUGCUCAACUACUUCCCCGUCGGCGUCUACGGCGAGACCGAGUUCUGGUUCGCCAGCAUCAAAAUCAUCACCCUCAUCGGCCUGCUGCUGCUCUCCUUCAUCCUCUUCUGGGGCGGCGGCCCCAACCGCCAACGCCUGGGCUUCCACUACUGGAAAGACCCAGGAGCCAUGAAUCCCUACCUGGUCACCUCCAACAGGGACACCGGCCGCUUCAUCGGCCUGCUGCAGUGCAUCGUCAAGUCCGCCAUCGCCUUCAUCUUCGCCCCCGAACUCAUCAUCGUCACCGCCGGCGAAAUGGAAUCGCCCCGCCGCAACGUCCCCAAGGCCGCAAGACGCUACAUCUACCGCCUCGUCAUCUUCUACCUCCUCGGCGCCCUCGCCAUCGGCGUCAUCUGCUCCUCCCAGGACCCCGCCCUCCUCACCGGAAACACAGACAACGCAUCGGCCUCCCCCUUCGUCGCCGCCAUCCAAAACGCCGGAAUCCCCGUCCUGCGCCACAUCGUCAACGCCGCAAUCCUCACCUCCGCCUGGUCCGCCGGCAACUCCUUCCUGUACAUGUCCUCGCGCUCCCUCUACGGCCUCGCCGUCUCCGGCAACGCCCCCUCAAUCCUCAAAACAUGCAACCGGUGGGGCGUGCCCUAUAUCGCCGUCACAGUCUCCUCGCUCUUCUCCCUCCUCUCCUACCUCGCCAUCUCAUCCGGCUCCUACACCGUCUUCAACUGGCUGAUUAACUUCACCAACACCUCCGGCUUCAUCUCCUGGAUCUGCUGCUGCAUCGUGUACUUCCGGUUCAGCGCCGCCGUGAAAACACAGGGGGUCGAGAAGCCGUAUAAAAGCCGGCUGCAGCCUUACGGGGUCUACGUCGGCUUGUGUAUGGCCGUGUUUUUGCUGCUUAUUAAUGGCUUCACGUGCUUUUUCCCGUCGAAUUGGAGCGCGUCGAACUUUUUCACCGCGUAUAUUGGGAUCCCGGCGUUUGUGCUGCUUUAUGUCGGUCAUCGGGUGAUGUUUUGGAGUGAUCCGUGGGUGUGGAAGAGUGAGGAUGUCGAUUUGCAUACGGGGUUGGAGGAGAUUUUGGCGGCGGAAACGCCCCCGAGGCCGAGGGAUACGAUUGGGAGGAAAUUGAUGGCUUUGGUUGAGUAG